AUGUCAACAGUAAUCAAUAGUGACAGAUCAAAACUUUUUGUUUCACCAAAAUGGUUAAAUGACAAUCAAAACAAUGUUAAAAUUGUUGAUGCAUCAUGGUUUAUGGGUCACGAAAAGAGAGAUCCAAGAAAAGAAUAUACUCAAAAACAAAUUAAAGGCAGCAAGUUAUUUGACAUUGAUGAAAUUUGUGACAAGAGUGUCCCAUUGCCACACAAUCUUCCAAGUGCAGAAGUUUUCGAAAGAGAAAUGAAACGUUUAGGUAUCAAAAAUGACGACCAUAUUAUUAUUUAUGACACUCGUGGUCAAUAUGUAGCAUCAGCACGUGUUUGGUGGACUUUUCUUGUUUUUGGCCAUAAUCCAAAUAAAGUCAGUUUACUUGAAGGUGGUUUACCAGCUUGGGAAAAGAAUGGUUAUCCAGUUACUGCAGGCGAUAUCAAAAAUAAUACAGACGAUUCUGUAAGCUAUAAAGCUACUUUUAAUAAAGACUUGGUUAAAGAUAAACAACAAAUGUUAGAAAAUCUCACAUCAAAGAAAUAUCAAGUUGUUGAUGCAAGAUCUGCAGAUAGAUUCUGGGGUAGAGUCGACGAACCAAGACCAGGUCUUUAUAGAGGUCACAUUCCAGAAUCAUUAAAUAUUCCAUGGACUGAUCUCAUCGAUCAAAAUAAUGGCUACAUUCCAAAAGAUAAAGUUCUUCAAACCUUUAAAGAUAAAGGUAUCGAUCUUUCAAGUGAUAUUGCUACUACUUGUGGUUCAGGUACUACUGCCGCUGUACUUUCACUUGGUCUUUAUAGUCUCGGCUAUCCAUUAGCUCCAAUUUAUGAUGGCUCAUGGUCCGAAUGGGGUCUUCUUAACGAAAAAUUACCACGUUCAUGUUCUGGAGAAAAUUAA